CACGCACAAGCAGGAUCAAGGAAGCAGAGGAGACAACUCAUGAUCUUGGAAAAAGGUUUUGGAUCAGACGGACAUUUAGGACGAACCAUGUGAGGGGAACUGUUCACGCCCCUGGCACCUGGGAGAAAGAGGGAUGGCUAGGAAGCGCUUUGAAUGUGAUCUAUUCCCGAAUAUGACCACCAUCAUGCAAAGCAGCCAUGCUCAGAAUUGUCUGAUGUAAAAGUGAACUGGCAGUGGAUGAACAUUUCACCCCCUAAGAAAACAACAGCAGCACUGUCCACCUGCCCCAGUGCCUGAGGAGCAGGUCACCAUGAUCUCUACCGCUCUGCGCUUGUUGGUCCUGGUGUCUUUCAUCAUCCUGACCAUCGGUGGCAACGUGCUGGUGUGUUUGGCGGUGGGGCUCAGUCGCCGGCUGUGGCGCGUCGCUAACUGCUUUGUGGUGUCCCUGGCGGUGACGGAUCUCCUGCUGGGCCUGCUGGUGAUGCCGCUGUCUGCCACCGUGGAGCUGGGCAGCGGACAUUGGCCCCUCGGCGGACCGCUCUGUAACGUCUACAUCUCGCUGGAUGUCAUGCUGUGCACAUCCUCCAUACUGACCCUGGUGGCCAUCAGCGUGGACCGAUACCUGGCCAUUUCAGCUCCCCUUAGCUACUCCAGGAGGGUUACCCCUCUGAGGGUGACACUGGCCAUGAUCGCCAUCUGGGCCUUGUCACUAGCGGUGUCCUUUGUGCCCAUCCACCUGGGCUGGAACACGGCGGACUAUAGAGUGCAGCACAUGGACUGGGGAAUGGGGGAUGACGACCAGGAGGGACUCUACUGCCAGUUUGAGUGGAGAAACAACUAUGUUCUCAUUUAUACCUUUGGCUCGUUUUACCUGCCUCUGCUGCUUAUGUGUGGAAUGUAUCUUUGCAUUUUCAGAGUGGCACGAGAACAGGUGCGGCGUAUUCGUGCUGCCACGCCGUCCUUUGCACGCACAGCAUCAACUGCAGCCAUAGCCCGGGAGCACAAAGCUACAGUGACCCUGGCAGCUGUGCUGGGGGCCUUUGUCAUCUGCUGGUUCCCCUACUUUACCUUCUUCACCUGCAUGGCCAUAAAGAAAACGACUAACCCCCCUAACACACUUAACUCCAUUAUCCUGUGGAUGGGCUACUUUAACUCAGCGCUUAACCCCAUCCUGUAUCCGGCCUUCAACAGGGAUUUCCGCAGGGCGUACGGAGAGCUGCUUCGCUGCAGAGGACUGUCACACAGAAAACUGCAGCUCACUCGUCUGUCUGUGCGUAAACAAGUGACCUUGACUAAUGGACAAAGUGUUUGGCAACGCUCUGAGAGGCAUGCAGACACGGUUAAUGAAGAGGCCGAGGGGAAGAAACUCACUCCACACGAGAUAAAUGGUAUCCCUGAUGUGCCACGGUGAAAUGCCAUCGACAUGCAAACAAUAUGCAAUUUAUGUAAAUCUAAAGGUACGACAUGAUGAAUAAAUAUACAGCUUUUUUUUUUGUACAAAAAGUAGUUCAUGAAGCAAAUCCAAUGUGCAUGUGCUAAUAACAAUAAUGAUGGAUUCGAGUCACAGUACUAUGUGAGCUUAUGGCACAGGUUUAUUUUGCCUACAGCAGUGGAAGUCAAAGUAAAGAUCAGCCGAGAGUCGAGCAGAGUGGAAUGAAUGGAUGACUAAGUAAGUUUUGUAGCAAGCUGCGUGGAGACAAAGGUGGUUAAAAGUUUGUACAUUAUUUAUCUUUUCUCUCCUCCACACCGCCAGUGAAAGUGAAUAACUGACCAGCAUGGGUAUUUGAUAUGUAACUUGACAGAUCAAGUGUGUUUUAGAAUUUGUGCAUAGCUGCCACGCACAAACCUGCAAUUAUAAGGACGACCAGUUGCAUUAAAGAAGACACAUGAUUCACAGUGAAACUGCUCCGAAGACUUCUGAUUUAUUUGUGGGACUACCGUACAAGCACCGCCUCACAUUGACAUAAAAACUUUAAAUAGCUUGGUAUUAAAAUGCAAUUACAUCUUUUCUCACUGGUAUAACAGAAGUAUAACAAAAUAAGAGCAAUGUCAAUGUAGUUGGCUUGAAAAAGACUUGACGGGAAAGCAGUGUUUUUUUAAACUAAAUAAUUUCUUCAUUCAAAAGCAGACAUUUUAAU